AUGGCACAUCUCCCCCUUCGCGAUAUCGAAGCGUGGGUGAACCGUUCGAUUGAAGAACGACGAGCCGAGGUGGCCAAGCGAAAAGGUUACGUCGCGAGGCCCAUGAACUCCUUCAUGCUUUACCGCAGCGCCUUCGCCGACCGCACCAAAGAAUGGUGCACGCAAAACAAUCACCAGGUCGUCUCCUCGAUCAGCGGCGAGUCCUGGCCUCUGGAGCCUCCGGAAAUUCGCGAACAAUACAACGAAUGGGCGCGAAUCGAGCGGGUCAACCACCAGAACGCGCACCCCAACUACAAGUUCUCCCCCUCCAAAGCCGGCGUGAACAAGAAGCGAAAA